CUCUGCGCAGUCCAGUUUGUCAUAACGCCGGGCCACAUCAACAGCCUUCUCUCCACGGAAAUUGGUAGCUUGAAAAUCAGCGUUGAGUUCAACCAAAGUUUUCAAAGUGUCCAGCUGACCCCACAUGGCAGAACAAUGCAAUGAGAUCAUGAAGCCUUGAUGUGAAAAGCAGAGAAUGCUGCUGCACCUGGUGCCUGGACAUUCCAGCACACCAGGUUUUCCCCUGGAUGGAAUCAAAUGUGCUCUGGAAAAUUUCUUCAUCAUGGCCAAUCAGCCUCUACCUCUGUCACAGGAGACUUUAGCUCAGUUCAAUCACUCCCUGGCCACAGAACCAGGUGCCUUAGGGCCUCCGAGGCGACGUCUGGGCUCCAUCUCCACCCGCCGAAGCUCCAAAGACCAAUCCAAGGACCAGCCCCACCACAGACCCCUGUUCCUCAGAGGCAUGACGUGUCUCUCGUCAGAAUCAUCGUUCCUGAGCCCCAACGUCAGCGCUUCCCACAUCUCCAUCGGCAAGCGGUUCUCAUUCGCCGGCUGGCACCAGGGAGGAAGAGUGAGCUUCUCUGGACUCUACCUUCACCAACCCAUUCAAGAGGUCUAUGUGGAGAACACCUACAGAAUGGGACCAGAACCAGGGUGCCACUUCAGCGCCAGCAGGACCCAGCAGAUCUUACAGGCCACUUUGGAUAGUUAUUUGGAAGGUGUGAGUUACAGUCCUGACAGUUGUAGCCAGCUGUGUCAGAUGGUAGCGGAUCUAGUUCUCAGUAAGCUAAAAGAUGUCAAUCCGCCACGAUACAAACUUGUGUGCCAGGUGGUGGUCGGGCAGAACGGUAAACAAGGUAUAAGGGUGGCGAGCCGUAGCCUGAUCAACCCCAACACUGACAACUACACAUCUGCUGUUUUCCAAAAUCCCUCGCUGUUUGCUGUGGCUAUAGUACACGGCAUGUACUUUGAAUGAAAGUUAAAUCAACCGCCCUUAUUAUGCGUGUACAAAAUGCAUACCUUUAAAACAAAUCCAUUUAAAAAUUCAAAGAAAUAAAAUAACACAAAAUACACUACUGGUCAACUGGAUUGAAAUUGAAAAUUUUUAAUGUUUUUGAAAGAAGUCUCUUAUGUAUGGAAGCUUGUUUCCACCACUAAAUAAAAAAAUAAAAAUUACGACUUUUUGUCUCACAAUUCUGACUUAAUUCGAGAUUUAAACUCGCAAUUGUGAGUUGAGAAAAAAAGUCAGAAUUGCAAGAUAUAAACUCACAAUUCUGACUUUUUUUCCUCAGAGUUGUGAGUUUAUAUCACAGUUCUGACUUUAUAACUCACAAUUGUGAGUUUAUAUCUUGCCAUUCUGAGAAAAAAGUCAGAAUUGUGAGAUAAAAAGUCGCAAUUACCUUUUUUAGUCCACUGUAUAAAGAAUUUUUGGGUAUGUUACAGUUCACUUUAUUUUGCUAUCCUCACUUACAUAAAUGAACUAUAGUGUCCUGCACCCACUAGUAAAAAUAUAUCAAAAAUAUCUAAAUUUUUGGUUUGACUCUGUCAAAUGACUAUGUGUAGCUAUACACAGAUCUAUAUAUAUAUAUAUAUAUAUAUAUAUAUAUAAAAUACACAUUAUGUAAACAAGCAUUUAUGUUAGUGCUGUCAAAUUGAUUAAUUGCACGUAACACAAAUGUGUAUGUAUGUAUACGUGUAUGUGUAUAUCAUAUAUAUAUAUAUAUAUAUAUACAGUGGUGGUCAGAAUUAUUGGCACCCUUGGUAAAUAUGAUCAAAGAUGACUAUAAAAAUAAAUCUGCAUUGUUUAUCUUUUUGAUCUUUAAUUCAUAAAAUUAGCAAAAAUCUAACCUUUCGUUGAAGGAAAAUAAUUGAAAGUGGGGAGAAAAUCACAUUAUGAAAUAAAUGUUUUCCUCCAAAACAUGUUGGCCACAAUUAUUGGCACCCCUAGAAUUUUUUAUGAGUAAAUAUCUUUGAAGUAUAUUCCCAUUCAUAUUUACAUUUUUUUUUAGCACACCAGGGUGAUCAUGAACAUGAAAUUGUCCAGCCAUGAGUUCCUGUUCCACAGGAAUAAAAACAUGAGGAAACACAAAAGCCAAAUUCCCUUAAUCAUUCAUCACAAUGAGUAAAACCAAAGAAUAUAGUUCUGAUGUGCAGCAAAAGAUUGUUGAGCUUCACAAAAUAGUGGCUGUAAGAAAAUAGCUAAAGCAUUGAAAAUCCCCAUUUCCACUAUCAGGGCAAUAAUUAGGAGGUUCCAAUCAACUAAAAAUGUUACAAAUCUGCGUGGAAGAGGACCUGUGUCUAAAUCGUCCUAAUGCGCGAUGAGGAGGAAAGUUUGAGUGGCCGAAGACUCUUCAAGGAUCACAGCUGGAGAAUUGCAGAGAUUAGUUGAGUCUUGAGUCUCAGAAAGCCUAAAAAAAUAAAAAAUAAAAUUAUCUUCGGCUUCUAUGAUCAGAUGAAACUAAAAAAAAGAGCAUUUUGGCAGCAAACCCACCAGAUGGGUUUGGUGCACACAUGGAUAAAAAGUACCCCAUGCCCACGGUUAAAUAUACUGCUGGAUCUUUAAUGGUGUGGGCCUAUUUUUCUGCUGGAGGUCCUGGACAUCUUGUUCAGAUACAUGGUAUCAUGGAUUCUAUCAAAUACCAACAGAUAAAAAAUCAAAACCUGACCGCUUCUGCUAGAAAUCUUAUAAUGGGCUGUGGUUGGAUCUUCUAUCAGGACAAUGAUCCAAAACCAACACAAAAAUUUGUCACUGAGCACAAAAUGAAGCUUCUGCCAUGGCUGUCUCAAUCCCCUGACCUGAACCCUAUAGAAAAUUAGUGGAGUGAACUGAAGAGAAGAAGCACCAACAUGGAUCUGGGAAUCUGAAGGAUCUGUAGAGAUUCUGUAUGAAGGAAUGGUCUCUGAUCUCUUGUCAGGUGUUCUCCAAACUCAUCAGGCAUUAUAGGUGAAGACUCAGAGCUGUUAUCUUGGCAAAAGGAGGUUGCAAAAAGUAUUGAAUAAAAGUUGCCAAUAAUUGUGGCCAACAUGUUUUGGAGAAAAACAUUUCAUAAUGUGAUUUUCCCCCCACUUUCAAUUCUUUUCCUUCAAUGAAAGGUUAGUUUUUUGCUAAUUUUAUGAAUUAAAGAUCAAAAGGAUAAACAAUGCAGAUUUUUACGGUCAUCUUUGAUCGUAUUUACCAAGGGUGCCAAUAAUUCUGACCACCACUGUAUGUAUAUUAUAUAUAAAUAUAUAUAAAAAAAAAAAUAAAAAAAAAAACAUUGUGCUUCAAGAACAUUAUAGAUACAAGUAUAACUUUUGCCUUUAAAAUGGAAAGUGGCUUGUGUAAUGUAAUAUAUAUAUAUAUAUACACACACACACACACACACAGUGUAUAUCAAGUUUUACAUUUUUAGGUUUUUCCUUUUAAAACUGAAAAAAAGUCAACUUAAUCAUGAGAGACGCAGAACAUUUAUAUUUUCAAUAAACUUUAUUCCCCCCCACUCUCCCAAUACAUAAAAAGUGAUCAUACUGAACAUUUCCCAGUGUUGACACCGUACAAUUAUGUUACAUCAAUAAAUAAAAAACUAUAAAUAAAAAAAUAAAUAGAACACGUGCCACAAUUAAUUAAUAAUACUACUUAGGAUUUGUCUGAGAGGGUAAUGGCUUUCACAAUGUUGGUAUUCUAAACACAUCACUUACAGCCAUGGUCACAGUUUUGAGGACAUUAUGAUUACUUAUGAUGGAGCAUGUCAAGUAAACAAAGCUGGAGGCACACUGAAUACAUAGUCUUUUUUUUUUU